GUCACCCAUCACUUAAAACACUCAGGAGCUCACCAUCAGGUCUGUAUACUCUGUCAAAUAUUAGAAUUCAAGCCAGUAGCUUGCUGAAUAAGGACACUCAAGGACAGUCGGCUAUCUUGCUCAUAGCCAAUAUGUCGGCCUCUUCUGCUUUGCCCUUGGCCAGAUCAGGCUUCGGUCUAGGAUUGAAUUUGCUGCGUACAUUCCCUAGAUUACCACGUAUCCCUGUUCCGGCACUACGGACCGCCGGACCAUCAACAACCCGAUUCUUAGCUCUCAGUCCUCGAUCCUUUCACUCGACCUCGACCACGAGUGACAACCACUUUGACACACACGCCUUUGUCGAAAGACUCGCCCAACAGGGUCUCAAGAGGGAGCAGGCCGAGGGUGUCAUGUCUGCGUUGGCAGAGGUGGUCGAUGAGAGUAUCACUGGGAUGAGCCGGACGAUGGUGACCAAGGCAGAACAGGAGAAGCUACACUAUACGCAAAAGGUCGACUUCGCUCAGCUGAAAUCCGAGCUUCAGCUUCACGAGAAGAACGAUCUGACGCUGAUGAAGCAGGAGAACGAUCAACUCCGAGCCGAUCUCGAAAAGCUCAAGCAGAGGCUGAGAGAGGAAAUUACCAGGACGAUGGCUGGAGUCCGGCUCGAUCUGAACCUCGAGAAGGGUCGGAUACGAGAUGAGGCGUCUCAACAAGAGCUCAAGAUCAAAGAGGUGGACACUCGGAUAGAGUCGGAGAUUGCCGGAUUGAGGACACAGAUCGAGCAGGCAAAGGCCAACUCGCUUCAAUAUUUGGUCGGAGUUGCUACUGGUGCUGGAGCUUUGCUGUUGGCGUAUCUGCGGAUGUUCAAAUAGAUUCUCGGCGUCUAGGGAAGUGGGAGCAGAAGAUGUUUCUGGUCAUGUAUUGCGAGUCGAUAUUGAAUACCCUGAAUUGGAGCUCGUUACCUAAAGAUUCCGACGGCUUCGAUCUCGCAGACCGUUUCAGGAUGCAUGGCAGAUUAGCCAUGAUGGGUUGGAUCGUUUGGUCAUGGGCCUCCUUUACGGCUACAAUUCAUACAACGUGUCGAGAACUGUCAUGCAAAUUACAUCAACAGAUUCGCUGGCCAGUCGAGAUCAUCCAUCAAACAGCACAGGCGAAUUCAGAGCAGCAAAUCCAUCAAAUCGUCAUGGCUGUCGGAAGAGGACGUCAGCCAGACUAAAAAAGAGACCGAGCCGAAAGGUCGACCUACUCUCCGCUGUUCUUUGCCCGGCACGAAGGCCCCGGUU